AUGACGCGGCGCGAGAGGAGACCUCCUCCUCGCAACAUCAAAAAUGGAUGCACCAUCGAAUCCAUUCUUUCCCGAGACGAGGACGACGAGGAAACCACCACAACUGCGUUUAACCACCCGCGAAGAAGAAGAAGAGACCUAAUGAUGCUCACAUCUUCUGCUUUCGUUUUCCCAACGAACGCGUUCAACGCGUGGGCGGCGGCUUUGGAUGAUGAUGAAACGAAACAUCAAAAGUUGAUUACGAAUCAAGUGUUCUUUGAAUUUGCAAUCGAUGGGACAAAAAUCGGCCGAGUCGUGGUUGGCGUGUACGGAAACGAAUCAAUAACCGCGCGAAGAUUCCUGGCUCUGUCGAAAGGAAUCCAAGGGCUUUCGUAUCGACGAAAACCAAUCAUUGGGAUCGAGGAGAACGAGGACGAAACGGUCGAGACGCCUUUGUGGAUUACUUCGUCCGCGAUUGCCAAGUUUGAAGCGCCCGGGACGGGCGAGGCGAUUAAUACCGUGCCGGGAGGAUUGACGAAUGAAGAGUUGUUGAUGGAUUUGGGUAAAAUGAAACACGACCGGGCGAAUUUGGUGAGCGUUCAGGUGAGAGACGAUCCGAGAAUGCCGAAACCAGAGCCGAAAUCGAAGUUGGUGUCGAACAGAGGGAAGUUUGAGAGGGUGUAUGAACCGUUGCCGCCGGAGCCAAACGGGACGAGCUUUUCGAUCACGUACGCGCCUUCGGAGGAUUUAGACGUGACGAAUGUGGUAGUUGGGGAGGUUAUUAGCGGGUUUGAUGUUUUAGCGCAGAUUGGUUCUUUGCCGACGGUGCCAGAUAACAGCGAUUCGCCGUUUUUCCAAGUUGCGAAGAGCAUCGGAGAUAAAAGAGCGUUGGUUUCCGAGAAAAGCUUUGGAAAACCGUUUGCGAAAGUGACCUUGUUGAAUUGCGGGGAAGUGGCAUCCACGAAAUCUGGUGAAGAGGUAAAGAGCGAAGAUGGCGCAGGCGAAGAGCAAAGCUCGCAGUAA